AUGGCACCGUGCGUUCCCUGUAUAUGUACCGCUCUGCUACAACCGUAUAAGCCUCAGGCCUCAGGCACACUCACGCAAAUGCCUUCCGCAGAAUCCAGCGCGCCAGCCCGAUUUGUUGUAGAAAUGGAAGCCCCACGGGCCCUUAAUACCGAAACAUGUGAGAAUCGAAGCCGAGGGCGCCAAAGAUAUGUCCGUUCAAGCGACCUCCUGGCGACUGCAGCCGCGCGCAUCUCCGGCGGAAAGAUAUCUGAGAAGGGGUUCGAAGGACCGAGUAUCCCAAAAACUGAACAUAGGCCUUAUGUCUUAGACAGCUCGGGUAACCAUCCUUUGGCAGCGGCGAUCCCACGCAUGACGCGACAGAAAGCGUCUAUUUUUGAAAGCCAACAUUUUGACAGAAAAGUAAUGCUAUAA